CCUGCAGAAGCUCAACCUGGACUUCAUGGAGCUGCUGACCCGCUUUGUUCCAACGGACUAUGAGCGCAAGGUGCUGCAGCAGUACGAGGCGGACAGGAAACCGCUGGAGGAACUGGCGGAGGAAGACCGCUUCAUGAUCAAGCUCACCAAGAUCCCGCGGCUGCCCGACAGGAUGAAGAUCAUCAUCUUCAUGGGCAACUUUCCUGACAGCCUCCAGCUGCUGACACCGCAACUCAACGCAAUCAUCGCCGCAUCCAUGUCUAUCAAGUCGUCGGUGAAACUGAAGAAAAUCCUGGAGAUCAUUUUGGCAUUUGGAAACUACAUGAAUAGCAGUAAGAAAGGAGGUGUUUAUGGCUUCCGGCUGCAGAGCCUUGACUUGCUCCUUGAAACCAAAUCAACCGACAGGAAACAGACUCUAAUGAACUACAUUGUGGAUAUCAUCCAGAAAAAUUAUCCUGAUCUCAAUGCCUUUCAUGCAGAGCUGCUAUUUGUGGACAAAGCUGCUGCAGUGUCGUUGGAGAGUGUUGUACAGGAUGUGCGCUCGUUACAGCAGGGCUUGGAGCUCAUCCGCAAGACCUUCAUGAUCCAGGACACCAGCACAAUCCUGAAGGAUUUCCUCAGUGGCAAUUCUGAGAAAGUGGACAGCUUGCUGAAGGACAGCAAAACUGCACAGGAGGCAUACCAGUCUGUCGUUGACUAUUUUGGUGAAGACAUAAAAAAGAUGCCUCCCAAUAUGUUCUUCCCGUUCUUUCAGAGGUUCAUCAGGGGCUACAAGCAAGCCGAGCAGGAUAACGAGGUGCGGAGGAAGCAGGAGGAGAUGGCAGCACAGGACCCCGGAGAUACCAGCCCACCCACCAGCAAGGGGCAGCAGGAUGGCAAGCUUCCUACCAUGAGGAAUAAGGCUCCGCAAAUGGACCUAAUGGCUGAACUGAAGAAGAAGCAGCAGGGGAAGGAGAGGAUGGUUUAUGAGGGAAAGGACGGAGCGAUUGAAGAUAUUAUCACAGAUCUACGGAACCAGCCCUACAGGCGAGCUGACGCCAUGAGAAGGAGCGUUCGGAAGAGAAUGGAUGAACAGAACCUUCGCAUCUCUGGAGAAGUCUCAUUAUAACCAGUCGUCUGAACUGGUGUGGGGGAGGGGGGGAGGGGGGGGGGGUGGGAUGGGUCAGAGAAAAAUGUGCAGCCUUUAGCUCUGUACUGUGCAGUAAUCCAACUUAUGGUAUAACUUUUGUAAGCACAAUAGGAUUCAAAUGCUUAAAUUAGAAAAUUAACCAGUAGAGAAGUCUCUGGCAGCUCAGGGUGGGGGAGAAAUGAUGGUCAAUUAAUAAAGGGUCGUGGAAUCUUGUAGGGAUGGAAACUUGAUGGAGAAGGUGGGACUGUCCUCCUUCCUCCAUGAGUAGCUCCCCCCCCGCCCCCAACUUCUCCUCCGCAGUGUCACCGACUGAUCCUCGGGGCUUCCUCUGUCCAGGACAGAGGACUGCAACUGUCGGUCGGUUCGCUGAUGUUAUUUACAUAACUGCACUGCUUUAGCCACCUGCUUUGCAUAUUCUGCAUUUAAGACUUUUAUGGCAGAAAAUAUAAAUACCGUGAGAAUUUCAGGAGUAUUGUCCCUGAUACAGACAAUCAAAGGAAGAGUAAAUUCAGGACAGGGAAUCAGCUGGAGUCUGUGCCAUCUCGGUGUGGUCAUCUUUAGCCCGCAUUGCGAAAACUCUGAUUGAUCAGCAGUGCUGCAGUAAUUUGAGGCAUGACUGAUAUUCCCUUCAUUCGGGGAUGUUGGACUGUGUUUGGCUCAGCUAAUUAUGGAUUAAUUAUAAAGAUGGCCAUGUCAUCACUUACCAAAAUCUUCUAAUGCUAUGAAUAAUUGGGUUUGAUAAGAGUGGGACCUGUAUCCGUUGUUCAGUCCUGGAAGUCUACCGAGCGAUGGCUCUCCCCGAGAAUAACUAAAGGCUUAGGUCACCUGUCGUAUGGUGAGGUGACCAGUCACACCCCAGUGAGGAUUGGCCUCCUUUGCAAUGUAACCAUUCAACCAGCUGAAUGGCCAUGCACCUGACCAUUUGGAUGGUCAGUUCAGCACAAUCCCAAGAUGUAUCUGGAUCUGUUAGCCUUAAGCUUUUUAUGUAAAACUUAUUCAUUCCACAUUUAAAUUGAAUCUUAAAAUAGGAUUCAGAGAUGGGAUAAUGAAGUUUGAAAGCAUAGAUGCAAGUUUAAUGACUCCACUGUUUGAGCUGUCCACAUGCACAGUCUCAAAGUAUGGAGUCAGCUAAUCUUGGCUGAGAGGAAGUUCUUCAACAAGUGGGCAGUGAAUCGUGAGAGUUAUGGAGGCUCAGUCACCCAGUAUGUUUAACAUAACGAUUAAUGGAUAUUUAAAUAUAUCAAGUGAAUGAAACGGUAAAAGAUGCCAUAAUCUGGAGCAGAAAAACCAAACUCUUGAAGGUACCAGGCAGGUCAAGCAGCAUCUGUGGAGCCAAUGGGAUGGAUGACAUUGUGGAUGGAGACCUGAACCAGGACUGAAAUUGUGGAGGGGAGGUAGUUCAUAUAAAGUGGUGAGGGGGUGAUGGGUGUCAGCAGCUGGCAGGGAUAGGUGGAACAAGUGAGGGUGCUAGGUAGGGUCAGAUAAAGAGAGAGAGAGAAAAGGCAGAUGUAUCCGGACAGGGGGAGGGUACACGGAGGCUGGAGUGUGAUAAGUGGAAACAAAAGAGGCUUCAUAAACUAAAUAAGUGGAACCAGGUAAGGGAGAGUUGACAGGCAGAUGGAAUGGGAGCAACAUUGAUGCAAAAACAUGUGGAACUGUUGAUAGUGAAAAGGUUUGUCCAAGGCUGCAGCGAGCCAGGCCUUCAUAGGCUGAGACAUGAAGUACAAGAGUACAGCUGUACAAAGCAUUGUUUAGACUGCACUGAGUAUCGUGUACAGUUCUGUUCAACACAGCAGGAAGGACAUGGUAGCAAUAGAGUACAGCAGAGAUUUGCCAACAUGUUGCCAGCAAUGGAGGGCUCCAAUAAGAAUGGUUGGAGAGGCUGAGUAUAUUCUCACUGGUACAUUGGAGACUGUGGAGGCUCAGAGAUUUACAAAAUUAUCUAGAGAUAGUUAGAAUGUUCUCCCCACACCAAGGAGUCUAGAACUAGAGGUUAGUUAGUUUCAGUUUGUUAGUUUAUUAUCACGUGUACCGAGGUACAGUGAAAAAAUGUUGUUGCAUGUUAUCCAGUCAGCAGAAAGACAACACUCGAUUACAAUUGAGCCAUUUACAGUAUGAUAAGGGAUAGAUGAUGAGGGCACUGGUUUAAGCUGAGAGGGGAGACAUUAAAUGGAGAUCUGAGGAGUAAGUUUUUCAUACAGUGUGUGGUGAAUAUUUGGAACAAGGCGGGAACUAUUACAAAGUUUAACGGUAUUUGUGUAUGUAUUUAGACAGGAGAAAUGUGGAUGGAUACAGACCCAAUGCAGGCAAACGGGAUUAGCCUUGGUAGACGUCACUGUUGGCAUGGCUAGGGCACAUGGAUAUCCACUGUACAUUCCUCUCAUCUUUCCAUAAGCCCCAUGGUUGCAACCAUUAUCAUUGACAGUUCAAAGAAUUUCCUGUAACCGUUAUUGUAGGAGAUAACGAGAACCCCUCCACCUUCAGACCCUGUGACCUCAGUCAGGGAGGUCUCAGUCACGGUGGACUUUACAAGAUGCUCAUUCAGAUACAGGACCCACUUGCCUCACAGCAUCAAUACAAUGCUCACUUACUCCCUGGUAUCCAAAGUAAGCACUUACCACAGAAUAAAUUUGUUUUUAUAUCUCUAUAUGAAUUGUAUUAUUUUUUAUUACGGAUGAAUUUCACAGACAACGUGGCAUUAUUUCUUGCGGCUGUAACUCCGUUCGCUAUCAUGUACGGAUCAUAACCAUCAAUGUAAAUCUGUUUCUCGUUCUGUUAAAUUAUCAUUUGUUUCAACGUCAUUCAUGAAGACACGUCCUUCUUCAAAGUAACCACAGGAAGGCCAUCAGUCAUCUGGUGUUUGAUUUGACUUCUCACUGUCAGGGCUUUGUGGCACAUGGAGGUUAUUUCCAUCUACUUCAAGCGAUACGGAGAGAGACCGAGCAAAUUCAGAACCUACAGAACUACACAAAGUGAAUUGGAAAGUGGACUUGGGUCGCCCCAACUAACUUGUGUGAUUUAAGUUGACAAAGAUGAACUGUUAUCAGAUUAUGCCUGCUAGCACACAUAUAAAUUGCCUUGGGAUAUAUUAUUAUAUUAUUAUGUUAAAAUAAAAAUAAAAAUUCUCCAGAGAUGCUACGUGACCUGACCUACACAUGUAAAGAACCAUGUGUAAAACAGAAAACACAAGGUGCUGCAUUCAUCAGCGGGUCAGGCAGCAUCUCUGGCCAACAUUUCGGGUCGGGAGCCUUCAG